GGCGUACCAAAGUUGAACAUUUUAUGAGCACAUGAAUGUAGGGAAAAAGCAUAUUCCCUUUUUCUUCUCCUGCCUUUUCUCCUACCCCGCUGGGCUGCUCUGUAAUUUUCACGUUUUGUUUAUCAUCAUAGUAGCUGCCAUAAACACAAAAGAAGGAAGUUUAUUUCAGACAAACCUCCAUCCUCCAAGGACUGGACUAUCAGAGACCUCCAAAACCCUAAUCUUGAUUCUCCGUCUCUGCUUUCAACUACAUUUCGCUGAUCUAUCAAGUUCAACUUACUGAGCUCUGUUUUCUGCCUGCGCACUCGCGAGCACCUCUACGUGUAAAAAUGUCUUAUUCCAGUGGCUUCGCUGUGACGCGCAAUCACGGAGCAGACCGAUUCUACAACCCGCCGGCGGUGCGACGGCUGCGUCAGCAGACGGUGUUACAGCCGCAGCCGCAGCCGCGGCUUCAGGUGCAGAGGCAGCAGCAGAAUGGAGCGAAUGGGGAGACCGCAACUUCUGAGCCGGGGGACCGGACUGAAUCAGACGAUUCGAUCACAGCAUUCUCCAAACCGUCACCUGUCCGUUCGUCUUCUCCGGCGCCGCCGAAGAACAUCACCAACUUGGAUCGUUUGAUGGAAUCGGUUACUCCCUUCGUGCAAGCUCAGCAAGUAUCUGAGGCAAUGGUAAGAGGAAACAAAACUCUUGAAGCCCAGGCGAAUUCAUUCUUUUACCUUGAGGAUCUCUGGGAGUCUUUGAGAGAGUGGAGUGUGUAUGGAGUUGGCGUGCCCCUGUUGCUGAAUGAGAAGGACCGCAUUAUUCAGUAUUAUGUUCCAUUCUUGUCUGGCAUACAGCUGUACAUAGACCCAUUGAAGUCAUCGUCUCGGCCUAGGAUAUCUGGUGAAGAGAGUAAUGUUGAGUCACUAAAAAAAUCUAGUUAUGAUGAUGCAAAAUGGAACCAGCACAACCAAUUACAUGCAAAUUCCCAACAACUUAACAGGAUCUCAAAGAGAGACCUAUCUGUAACGAGCUUGAAUGCUGAUGAAUCUGAAAUUAGAAAACCUUCCGGAGUUCUCUUGUUUGAAUAUUUGGAGCAAGAACAGCCAUAUAAUCGCAGGCCAUUGACUGACAAGAUAAUGGACCUAGCAUCUCAAUAUCCAGAGUUGAAGAAGUGCAAGAGCUGUGAUUUGAUGCCCUCAAGUUGGAUAUCUGUUGCUUGGUACCCAAUAUAUAGAAUACCCAUAGGCCACACAUUGCGGGAUCUGGAUGCAUCUUUUUUAACAUUUCAUCCAUUAUCCACACAAUGCAGAGGUACCUCCCUCCUUAUCUCCUUCAUUGUGCCUUUGAACUUUUUUCCAAGGGUAUGUGUUGGUCAUGGAAAAAUGUUAGAGAAUAGUAAAAAAUGCUGAAGGAAAUAACAUUAUUCUGUUUGGCUUUCCCAACAGAAAUGCAGAAGGAAAAUGUCAUAGGAUUUAGAUUAUAUGCAUUUUUAUAUACGUUUACUAGUUUACUUAUUUAGAAUAUAUAUGUAUAUAUAUGUGUGUGUGUGUAUAUUUACUUAUUUAGAUUACUUAGUCUUUAUAUAAAAGAAGAACAUUUAUAAAAUGAGUUUGAAGAAAUCUAAAAAAUAAAUUUGUUGAUCUUGAACCUGUCUUUUCUAUAUUUACAAAUUUCCAGUCUAUUUUCUUUUUCUGUUAGUUUCCAAAGUUCCAAAAAGACCUUAAGUAGGUCUUUCUUUUUCUAAUCUUUCUGUCAUCCUAUUCAGGUACAGCCCAGCCACGCUUUCAUGGUGCAAAUGCUAAGAGUUUAAAUGGUAUGAUUCGCGCUAAGGCAAUGAUUUCAUUACCAGUCUUUGGCCUUGCUUCAUACAAACUGAAGGGCUCACUUGUGAGUCCAUGCGGGACCCAUGAAUCUGAACAAGAAAACUCUCUCUUGCUGGCUGCAGACAGUUGGCUUCGGGAUUUAAAGGUUUUUCUCCCCGAUCACCAUUUUUUUCUCUCUCAUCAUUCUCUAGGGAGAUGAAGUGGCAUGAAUGUUUGCCAACAAAUUUUGUUCCUUAUGGUUGAUGUUCAAGUGCCAAAAUAUGGGCUCUGUUUCCUGAUUCAGUUACCCCCCUCCCCCACAAAAAAAGAACUCAUUUCCAAAGAACUCCUUCCCAAUAACUUGGUCAAAAAGAAGAAAAAAACUCAUAAAGACUUCAGCUGGGUGGUUGAAACUUCAAAGCUUCACCUGCUUUAAACUUGCAGAGGUGGGCAAGUUCUAUGGGUGAGAGAGAGUUUCAUGUGUUCUUUUGGUUGUGUGAUCGUUCACUGCUGAGUUACAAAGGUAUAUAAGGUGUUAUCCUGUAUAAUCCACAUGAUCUCUGGACUAUGUUGUUGUAUUGUGUCACUGGAAGGCAGUGUCUGUACAUUGAUAGAAUUGCCAACUUGAGCACAGGAAGAAACAUGAUGAUCAUGAUGAUUUUUUUGAACAGUCUGUACUUGGUUUAGUGUGUUGUAAGAAGUCAUUUUGGCAAAAAAGAUGGUUAGCUGAAAGGAGUUUUUUCAUCUGUUAGAUACUUGGACAAUUAUACCUUUUUUGUAGCAUGAAAUGGCUAAGUUUUGUUGUAAUAAAAAAAAUAUGCCGAAAUUUGUUGGAACUCCGAAGGUAUGCUGAAAUUGUUAUUAGAGCAAUUUGAGGUAUCUCAAUGUUGUUGUAAUAAAAAAUUAUUUGCCUUUCUUUACUCCCCUUCCAAUAAUC